AUUGCUUGAAAAAAAUAAUAAUAAGAAACAUGCAUUAGACGCAUAUGGGUGUGGGUUGGGGAUUUUUCUUUCCUUUUCUUUCCAAUUCUUCCGAAAAUCACAUUUUGAGCCGAAUCGAAUCUUCUCAAAUUUUUGCGUUGCCGAUUUGAGUUCAAGAUGGCGGCUUUGGCAGCCACGAAAAAUUCUCUUUUGGGUCUUCCGACCCUCAUAAUAAGGAGCAGUGCUAGUACGGUGGUAUGCCUGCAGCCUCAUCGAUCCAAGAGCACCUACCAUCACUCUCUCGUCCCCAAGGGCAGGGGAGGUAGGUCAUCGUUCAGUGGUAUUGUAGCAGCCGUCUUUGGCGGCAAUGGCUUCCUUGGAAGGUACAUCGUCAGUAGGCUUGGUCGAGAGGGCUCCCAGGUAGUGUUACCCCAUCGAUGUGAUGAAUACUAUGUACAACCAAUGAAGAUGAUGGGUGAUCUCGGUCAAAUCAUGUUCAGGCAAUACGAACUCCGUGAACACGAUAUGAUCAGAGACAUCGUCAAGCAUUGCACUGUGGUCGUCAAUCUACUCGGCAAAGACUUUGAAACAAGGCAUUUCACAUUUGAAGACAUCAACAUCGAGGCCCCCAGAAAUCUUGCCAAGAUUUGCAAAGAGGCUGGAGUACCCAGACUAAUUCAUGUGUCUGCCUUGGGCGCCGAUAUGGCCUCUCCAGCCAAAUUUCUGCGGACAAAGGCUGCUGGAGAAAGGGUUGUUCGGGAGGAGUUUCCAGAGGCCGUCAUUGUCAGACCCGCUCAGAUGUAUGGACGUGAAGAUAGAUUCCUCAACCAUUUUGCAAACCAGAGGUUCUUUGGUGGUGUUCCCUUGUAUCCGUCUGCUAGGAAAGUUAUCAAGAGACCUGUUUAUGUUUCUGAUGUUGCGCAAGCCAUCAUGUCAAUCAUCAAUGAGAAAGAUGCAGAUGGAAAGACCUAUGAGCUGGCCGGACCUAAUGGCUACCGCUUGACCGACCUAGUGGAUUUCAUCUACCGAGUGACCCGCCGACCCUACAUCCGAUACCCUGUACCUCGCCCCAUCCUACGACUCGUCGCCAGGGGGUUUGAACUCUCGCCCUUUGACCCCUUCCUGACGAGGGACAUGCUGGAACUGCAACAUACAACUGAUGUAGUCCAAAGCGGCAUGCCGGGUCUCGAGGAUCUCAAUGUCACACCGACCACUGUCGAGUACGCGGCCAUCAGGGGACUCCGUAGACAUCGUUCAGAUAGAUACUUUGACCUCGGUAUCGACGAGGUCGAGGGUCCCCUUAUAAUCAAAUAAUGAUGGCAUUCAUUAGGAUUGUUUUUGCAAGAAUACACGAUUUGUCAAAUAAGAAAGAGAAGAACAAUAUUCGUGUGUGUUUCAAUGGUGAAGCUCGGAUAGUCUAAUGAAGUAUAUACUCAAAGAAUGUUGGAGAUAGAGUCGGAUUUAUUGUGACGAUUUUGAAUGAUUGUGAAGUCAUACCUCCUGUUGUACAAGACAUAUAAAAGAUUGUUGGCAUCAGCAUUGUUGCACACUAUAGAGAAUAAUUAUGAAAAUGAUGAAAAAGGCAUUGCUUGCAUGCUAUUUUCAACCUAGAUUUCUAAGCUAAAUCACAGAAUUUCAAAACUGUGAUAUAUCCAAAUUAUAAAAUUGAAAUUACAUAAUUACAGCAGGUGGGUGUUUCAUUAUGCCGUUCGUAAUUUACUUGCGAUUUAAUGAACAACUAGUGAUCCUUUAACACUUAUGAAAAUGUGGUAAAUACCAUUUACCACAAUGAAGGGUCAUCAGUCGUUCAUAAAGUCGCUCACAACUUUAUGAAACGUCAACCAGAGGAGCAUGAAUGCCAAAUUAUUCAUGUUUUGUUCAUUAUUACUUAGGGAUCUGGACCCCAUGAACACAAAGCUUACUGAUUGAUCAUAGAGUCGGUUGUACGCUUAAUUGCAUGUAGUUACACUGUUAUGCAUUAAAUCAGCCCUAAAAUCAAUAACUAAGCCUUGUGUUACGUGGGCCUGAUUGUUGCCUAGUAUUUCUUUCAACUUUAGAGGGUAAGAAUAAUCUUGUAUUUGAAAAAUUUGUUAACUCCAUUUUAGACUUGAUACAAGUCUCUGACCUCUUCAAACUGGAACCCUGUGCCCCAUUCCGCCACACUAUGUCUUAUUUGAAAUGUGGGGCCCAUGCCAUAUAUAAUGCUUAUUGGGUUACUAAGAAAUGAUUUAAAGAAAAUUAUUCUCGGGAUAUUCAAUUCUGUGUAUGAGAUAUAACCAACAGCAUAUCCACAAACUUUGCUAUCACCAUGUUUUGAGAGAUGUAUUGGCUAGUCCAACUAGACGGUCCUAUGGAAGUGAGCUGUUUCAGCAGUCAUUGAGUUUAUCAUUCAAUGUGAAGUGACAUUGACAUAAAUGAACGAUUCUUUGACAUUUUGUGGUAUUCUUGCGCAAUUUAUUGUAUAUAAAUAUAAGAAGUUUGAACAAUGUUAUGCACCUAUGAUGUGGUUCAUUCAUGGUGUAAUAAAGAAUAGAUAUUUAA